AUGCAUUAUUCAACUAUCACCAUUUUUCCGCUUUUUGCCAUCACAACUGUUGCCAUACCACUACUAUCUGGCCGACAGUCUAUAAACGUGCCGGCUAUACCUAAUGUUCCGGCUGUUCCAAACGUUCCAGCGGUGCCAUCGACAUCGAGACCGGUGAAGAGACAAUCUAUCAACGUGCCAACUAUUCCCAAUGUUCCAAAUGUCCCCGCUGUACCAGAUGUCCCUGCUGUACCAGCCGUGCCAUCAACAUCGAGACCGGCGAAGAGACAAUCUAUCAACGUGCCGACUAUUCCCAAUGUUCCAAAUGUCCCCGCAGUACCAGCAGUACCAGCAACAUCAGGAUUAACAGAAAGACAAUCGCUCAACGCACCAGAAAUUCCUAAUGUACCAAUAGUACCAGAAGAAAUGAGUACUAUUAAAGAGUUACCUAGGGACCUUAGCCUCGAAGAAUCCGACAGCUCUCUCGAAGAUGUCGACAGCAUAUCGAGCAGUAGCAAAUUACACAGCAAGACUACAAGUGAAACUGAUCGAGAUGACCCAGGUCGAGGACAGCCAGGUCGUCGACCUCCUUUCGGCAACUAG